AUGGAUCAAAGAGAGCUCGAGUCGCGCAUCAAGGCGCUCACCAAGAGCGUCGCCGCCAACGAGGCUCCCGAAAACGCACUACGCCUGCUGGACUCGCUCAAAGAGGAUGCGGCGCCGACGGAGGAAAUGCUUCGGUCGACCCGAGCCGGCGUCUUUGUCGGCAAGCUGCGCAGCAACUCGAACAAGGAAAUUGCGCGAUCAGCCGCCGAGCUUGUCAACAAGUGGAAAAAGCUUGUUGAGCAGGAAAAGAACUCGAAGCUGCAAAGAUCCAAGCUAGGCUCCCCCGCCUCGGGCGCCGCCUCCUCCCCUCCCGCGCCCGCCGCCGCUGCCAUACUACCCACCAUGAGCACCACCACCUCCUCCGCUGCCGGCAAGAAAUUCACCGGCGACCCCGAGACGCGCAAGUACGAUGCCGACGGCGUCGACACCAAGCGCACCGACUCCGCCGUGCGCAACAGCUGCAUCGGGCUCAUCUACAACGGCCUCGCCUACCGCUCCACCGCCUCCGAGUCGGACGUGCUCGCCAAGUCGGUCGCCGUCGAGGCCGCCGCCUUUGCCCACUUUAAAGGCCAGGGCGCCGACUACAAGAAAAAGAUUCGCUCCCUCUUCACCAACCUCAAGAACAAGUCGAACCGCGCGCUGGGGCAGAGCGUCAUGGCGAGCGAGAUUCCGCCGGAGCGCUUCGUCGCCAUGACCGACGACGACUUGAAGAGCGACGACCAGCGCAAAAAGGAGAUUGAGCUGGAAAAGGAGAAUAUGAAAAAGGCGCAGGUGCCCAUGGCGGAAAAGAGCAUCAGCGACAGCCUCGAGUGCGGCAAGUGCAAGAAGAAGCAGGUCAGCUACACGCAGGCGCAGACGCGCAGUGCGGAUGAGCCGAUGACGACGUUUUGCGAGUGCAUGAAUUGCGGUAACCGCUGGAAGUUUUCCUAG